AUGACUUCUUUUAGAAAAUACAUAGAUGUAGGAGCAAAUCUCACUGAUGAGAUGUAUCAAGGUGUGUAUCACACAUCGAAAAAGCAUGAACCAGAUUUGAAUAGAGUUCUGGAACGCAGCUGGUCUGCUGGAUUGUCUAAAAUGAUCAUAACAGGUGGAAGUUUAAUAGACAGCAAAAAGGCGAUAGAUAUGUCCCAAUGUGAUUCUCGGUUAUUUUCUACUGUGGGAUGUCAUCCUACUAGAUGCAGUGAGUUUAUUGAGAACCCGGAGAUGUAUUUGAGUGGGCUUAGAGAUCUUAUAAAAAACAAUAGAGAGAAAGUUGUAGCUGUGGGAGAGUGCGGUUUGGAUUAUGAGCGCCUGCAUUUCUGUGAUAAAGAUAUUCAACUUAAGUAUUUUGAAUACCAAAUAAAGCUGAGUCGUGAAUUCAAUCUACCGCUGUUUCUCCAUUGCCGCGCGGCCGCUGACGACUUGGUGGACAUAUUAGGGAGGAACCAGGAUGACUUUGUGGGCGGGGUUGUGCACUCUUUCGACGGAUCUGCUGACGCGCUCGAAAAAAUUCUAAGUCUGGGACUGCAUAUUGGCAUCAAUGGGUGUUCACUACGCACUAAGGAGAACCUAGAAGUUGUCACGAAAAUACCAAAAGACAGAUUGAUGAUUGAAACGGACUGUCCCUGGUGCGAGAUCAAACCAACACACCCAGGUUAUGUGCACGUGACGACGAAGUAUCCUGCGGUGAAAAAGGAGAAAUAUUUAAAUGAGCCAGCUAAUAUAGUGCAAGUUUUAGAAAUACUAUCAGCAGUUCGCCAGGAAAAUAUCGACGACCUGGCCGAAACCAUUUAUAAGAAUACAAAUAAAUUAUUUUUUCCA